AUCAGUAGAAACCCGAGACAUCGAUGGCUACUGUCAUACAUGUUCCUGUGCCACCAAUUAGCUACACGUAUUUAAACAGUACAUGGACUUAUUUAAAUAGUUUCAAUGUGGAAUUUCAGACGAAAAAGGUGAUUUUCGUGGAUUUAGUUCAGGAAAACGGUGAACUUGAAGCAUCAUGUUACAACUGCUACUGCCUGGCUGGAGGACUCGUCGCGGGAGACUUGGAUCAAAGAGGUCUGCUUGGACGUUCCAAGCAGCAGCACAACCGAGUGGACUGGAAAACACCAGUCUAGAUGAUCAUAACAAUCAAAUGUCAGCUAACGCGGCUGUCUGGUGAGCACCGGAGAGGAGAGGGCCCACAGGCCGACCCACAGCAGCACCGAUGGCCGAUACUCAAGCGUCCCCUGACCGCAGUGGAGCAGAGGAGGACCGAGAGAGUCUGAGGAAGCGGCUGGAGUUUCUGCAACGGGAAUAUGAGAAGACUGCGUUGAGACUGCAGAGAGCAGAGCGUAAGCAGGAAGUUCGGCGUCAUGUCCGAAGUCGACUCUCGGAACAAAGCCAGCCCAGACCACGCCCCCAAGCAGACGACCCUCCUCUACAGACACAAACCGACCAAUCAGAGCAGGAGAAGCCUACUGCCACCUCGCUCUCUAACCAACCAGUGGAAGGGUUGGAGAGAUCAGAACCUUCUACUGCUCUGCCUUCCAGAGAUCCUGCUGCCUGUUCCAAUGGUUCCAGAGUUCUUCUCUCCUGUUCCAAUGGUCCUUCCAAAUUUCCUGCCAUUCAGUGUUCGAAUAGGUCUCCUGGGAUGUUAGUUCCUGUUAUACAGUGUUCGGGUAGUUCUAGUUCUUGUUCCGCUGCCUCAUCCGGCGGUUCCUGUUAUGGUUCCCCUCUGAAUUCAAGGGUUCCUGCCGUGCGGUUCCUGCUGCCCAUGGCAACAACAAGCCCCUUCCACUCACCCACCUCAAGCCCCGCCCACAGACUACGCUCCAAACGCAGCCGACUCCGCCUGGCUCAGAGGGCCAAUCAUAGAACAGGAGCAGACCAGACAGCGAAUGAGGAAGCAGCAGGAAGCCAGACAACCAAUGACAGAGCAACAACAAGCCAAACGGCCAAUAAGAGAAGAGGAGGAGACCAGAGAGCCAAUCACGGAUCAGAUAGAGCAAAGACAGCCAAAAACAUACAGGCUGCUGGAGAGAGGGCUGUAGGGAAUAAGGAAGAGAGAGAGAGAAGAAAUGGAGGGAUAAGAGAAGAGAGAGGGAGAAGAAAUGGAGGGAAUAAGGAAGAGAGAGAGCGAAGGGAUGGACAGAUGAGAGAAGAAGCUGAGAGUAGCAGGUGGAAUGGAGAGGCGGGUCUUCCUGUUUCAGAUAAUCAAUCGGACGGUUCGCAGCUCUCAGUCUCUCUCCUCAGCUGCCAAUCAAAUGCUGCCAGGCCGCCGCCUCACUCUUUAGACAGCCACUCAGAAGCCUCUCAGCUCUACGCGUCACUCCUCCUGGACAGCCAACCAGGUGCUGGUAACCUCCCCUCGCCUGCUUUGGAUAACCAACUAGGACGAAGAACAGAGAGUUCUACUAUACUACACUACCCAGCAUGCACCACUACACUACACAACCUAUCAGGGGGAAAAACAAAGAGUUCUGACCAGUCAUCACGACAGACACCUGCAGCAACCAAACAGACCGUUAGUGGGAAUCCCUCUCUCAGUAAAUCAGGCGGCUGGGUGGCCACAACUGACCAACUGCAGCAGUCGAUGCCCAAGUCCACAGUGGAAGCUCUCAACCAAUCAGGAGCCACAGACGACAGAAGCUGCUAUCUCAUGGCCCAAUCAGAACGUAAGGCCCAGUGUGACGCCUCAGCCAGGAGCCAAUCAAAAGGCACACAGCAAGACGAGGACGUGUUUGAAGAGGUCGUCCAAUCAGAGGGAGAGGGGAGCGGUCCAGACCAAUCAGAUUGCCUGGUGAGCGGUGUGGACCAAUCAGGUUGUGCGUUGAGGGGUCUAGACCAAUCAGGUUGCUCGGUUAGCGGUGUUGACCAAUGGGAGUCGUCGUAUACUCUGGUGGAGGGCCUUCCGUUCCCGGCUGAGUACUACGUCCGGACGACGCGCCGCAUGACCAGCGCUCACACCCCAUUAGCUCUCAGAGCGGUCAAUCACGGCCAGCUGGGCCGGCGGGGACGGGGCAGGGGCCGAGGCAGCCAACCACGUCAUGGCUCUGCCGGGAUUCCCUGUUCGCCAGCCAGAGAGCCAAUCAGGGAACAGGAGCAGACCAAACAACCAAUGAUGGAGCAGCAGGAAGCCAGACAGCCUAUAGCGAACGCAGAGACCUCGGGGCCAUGCCCCCAGACCCGCUCUGAACCUAUCAGGGCUCGGCGUCGACGUAGAGGGGCGGGCUGGGCACGCAGGAGGAGGAGGGUUCACAUCCCCAUUGCCCAAUGGAGCGACGAGGAAGAGGAGAGCUCUUCCACCCCCCUCUCAAAGCCAAUCACAGCCACUGAACACGAGGAGGAGAAGCACCAAUGGACCAGCUCCGAGCCAAUGAGAGCAGCUGAUGAGAUGGAGAAGACACACCUACUGGCCCUCUCUGAACCAAUCAGUCAUGACACUUACGCUGGGACACGCCCACAAACUCAUUUAGCACCCAUGAAGUAUGCCGAUGACAUAAAGGCCCGCCUACAGGCUAACUCGGAGGUAAUGGGAGUGGUCCAUGAGGCAAAGGCCCGCCCACUCUACUGCUCUGAGCCAAUGGGAGAGGCUCAUGAGGCUAAGGGCCGCCCACUGCACUGCUCUCAGCCAACGAGAGAGGCCCCUGCUGUCUGCUCCUCCAGUCAGCUGUAUCCGAUCUUCAACAUGAAGAAGCGCAAGAGGACACAGACGGACGACAUUUCAUCGCUGCUGUUGCCACCAGUGUCAUCCCUUCAUGGCGUCGGGCAUGCUGGGGGCUGUAGUGUGCUGACCCCAAAGGAUCUUGGGAGUCGUAGUUUUCAGGAGUUCCACCUGCCUGACGAGGAGUACGGACACCUCAAGCUGAUCAAACUCCGCCCACCAGCUGUGACCUCACCAAUGACAUCACGGAUGACAUCACUUGCCCUGGGGGUGGAGCCAUACUCCCCCGAAACACUCCCCUUAAACACACGCCGUAGCAACCGUCGCCAUGUCAACCGUGCAUCUAGCAACACGAACCGGGUGCCUAGCAACGUGCUUCCACCUAGCAACGAGAACUAUGCACCUAGCGACAACAGUAGGGCCCCUAGUAACAUCCUACGUUCGCCUAGCAAUGAGAACCAUGCACCUAACAACGCCGGCCAGGCGCCUAGCAACAACGGGCUGCGCGGUAGGCGGUCUCUGCACUGCACUUCCUCCUCAGCAGAUCCCGAUUGGUCCAGCCCAGCCGAGCCACUCCCCCUAAGCCCCGCCCAUACAGGAAGUGAUGUCUGCAGCGAACCGGAGAAGAGGGAGGAGGGACUGGUACAUUCCGAACAUCACACACACACACAGACACACUCAAACACUCUACAAGACACACACAAACCAGCCAUCACACACUCACUCACGCCAUCAGCCACACACGCACUGCGAACAGACGUGCAGACGGGCAAAGGCCCAGACACACACACCUCAGCUACAGCCAACACUCACUCUCCAACAGACACCCUCAACCACACAAAGACUCAAGACACACACACACUCACACACACACAGACGCACUCAAGCAGCACGAAAGACACAGACGCUGAAGCUGACACACCUGUGCAGCACGGAGCAGAGCACUCACAUACACGUAUACACUCACACACUGCCUCACACACACACUCUUCUUCUCACACACACUCCUCCUCUCUGCUGAAUCUGAGCUUGUCCCUGACCACACACACUCAGAGAGGUCACGACAUUGAUCUUGACCUCCCCUCUCUGGGCCUCACUCCCUUCUCUCCUCCUUACCCCAGACUCUCUCAUCCCUCUCUCUCUCCCUCUCUCCAUCCCUCCGUUCAUCCCUUUCUCCAUCCCUUCUCUCCUCCUCACCCUAAACGCUCUCAUCCCUCUCUCCAUCCCUCCCCACAUCCAUUCUCUCCUCCACACCCCCGACACUCUUCCUCCCUUCAUCCCUCUCUCUCUCCCUCCUGUCCUCCUCCUCCUCUCUCUCCUUCUUCCCCUCUCUCUACCAUUCCUCCUUUGCUCUCUCCCUCCUCCCCUCCCCCGCUCUCUCUCACUUCCUCGUUGGGCCAAAGACGGGAAGAGAACGGACCAAUGGAGAAGAGUAAACGAGCAGAGCAGUCCAUUAGGACUGAAGAGAAGCAUCAGCUAACUGACCAGAGAGGAGAAGAGAACAAGAAAACAGAAGAGGGAAAGAGAACAGAGGAGAUCACGAGAACAGCGGAAAACUCAAGAAUAGAAGAGGGGAAGAGAGUAGAGGAGAACAUGUGGACUAAUGAGAACCAGAGAGUAGAGCAGAACGUUCUAGUGGAGAACAAGAGAACUAUGGAGAACUUGGUAUUAAAGCAGCCUUCAGGGAACCAGAGGCUCGAGGAGAACUUGGAACUACUACAUAAGGAGAACCAGGGAACACAGAACCAGCCCACAGCAGACAGGAACCAACAGGGAUUUGAUGAGGAGAACGCACAGGAGAACAGAGAUCACGUCCACAGCCCCUCCCAUGCUCACUCUUCAUCGGUCAAUCCUGUCCACAGCCCCACAAAUACUCACACUUCAUUGGUCAAACCUCUACAGGGCCCCUCCCCUGCUAGCUCUCUAUUGAUUGGCCACACCCAGGAGCUCUUCCCAAACGACUCUCUAUUGGCUAAUCCAGUCCAGCAGCAGGACCAGGCUCACUCCCGAUUGGUGGAGCCUCCUCUGGGCUCCUUCCAUACUGACUGGUUAUUGGUUGGCCAUGUACAGCAGCAGGACCAGAGUCACGCUCUAUUGGACGAUCUUGAGGAAGAAGAGCUCUCCCAGACUGAUUCCUUAUUGGUCAACGUGGACCAUGAGCCCUCCCACGCUGAGUGUUCAUUGGCCGACGUGGAGCAGGAGCUGCUGAACGUUGGCUCGCUAUUGGCCCAGGGUCACGCCUGUCAACGCUCACCCACCGACUCCUUAUUGGUGGAAGGUGUUCCCGAGGCCGCCCUCUCUGACUCUCUAUUGGCUAAUGGCGUUCCGGAGCCCGACAUCGCUCCAACUUCAUUGGUUCAGGGGGUUCCCGAGGCUGUCAUCUCUGAUUCUCUAUUGGCGGAGUGUGUUCCAGAGCUCGCCCUUUCUGGCUGCUCAUUGGCUGAGAGCUUGUGUGCUCCAGAGCCCAUUGGUUCCUCAUCACCCAGAGUGGAUCCAGAGGAGACGACGGCACCUCUACAACACACACACACACUCAAGGGCGCGGUGGAAGGGUGUGUGUAUGAUGUGUGUUGUGUGCGGUCGUCAUCGGGAGUGCUGAGUGUGUGUGUGGCAGGGGAGAGCAGUGUGUGUGUCUGGACCCAGGACACACUCUCUUCCUCUCACUGGAUUCUCUCACACACCUGGACCUUCACACAGUCUGUCUUGUCUUUGUUUUCAGUUCCUGAUUCAGAUGGGCUGCUGUGUGUCACACUGGGACCACUGGAGAUCACACACACAAGUGUAUUGUCCACAGUGUUCUUCUCCCAGGCUGCUGUGUGUGAGGGUGCAAUAUUCCGCCUGGUGGUGGGAGUGGCGAACUGCAGGCUGGCCUGUUGCUACGCACCCCAGAACAAACACACACAUAUCAAGAUACACACACUUACUGAGGAGGGCAGUGUGGGGGAGUGUGUGUGUUUGUCCUCUUCUGAUGUGCGUAUCGAGUCGCUGGUGGCCGUAGAAAACGAACCGGACGCCCUGAUUGGCUGGAGCGACUCCUCAGCUCUCUACAUCUGGAACAUGAGGAGUGGUCAUCUGCUGCGUUCUCUAAAGCUUAAUCACAUGGUAUCCAUGGCAACCUGCUUACGAGGGUACUCACUUCAGGGUGUGGUGUGUGUGUUACUGCAGCGCGAGUGUGUGUUCACUCUUGUUGCCAUCAACCCCAUGACUGGACACACCACAGAAGCCCUCACACACUCGACUCAGAGAUUUGUGGAGAUGGACGUGAUUGGUCCAGCUGUUGUGGGUGUAUCUGCAUCUGGCCGCAUCGUCCUAUGGGAUGCCAGCAGGGGUGGGACUAAGCAUGAAGUGGACCAAUGUUGCGCGAGUAAGGCUGAUGAGGACCAAUGGAAUGCGAGUAAGGGUGUUGUGGGUGGGAUUAAGGAUGAAGUGGGUGUGAUGUGUGAUGGCUGCCAUCUUGUGAGAUGGGCGGGACCAGGAAUGCUGCUGACCGGACUGACGAACGGAGAUGUGUGUGUCUACAAAUACAUAGCGCACACACACCAAAACACACACACACACACACACACACACAGCCCUCACACACUGACUGACUGACUUGACUACUUUACAUCUUCCUCUCUCACACUGACACACACACACACACACACACACACACACACACACACACACACACACACACACACACACACACACACACACACACACACACACACACACACACUCUCUCUCUGUCACCAAAAACUCUCUCUUUCUCUCUCUCUCUCUCUCUCUCUCUCUCUCUCUCUCCUCA